AUGUUGCACCGCAGAGUGGGCAUUCGGCCGGGGCUCUAAGGCUCGGCAUUUCCAACAAAAUGCCACCUAAAAAAGACACCAAAGGCAAGCAGGAUCCGAAGAAGGCAGGUGCCAAGAAGAAGGAGGGAGGAGGAGGUGGCAAGGCCAAGAAGAAGAAGUGGUCUAAGGGAAAGGUGCGCGACAAGUUGAACAACUUGGUGUUCUUCGACAAGGCGACGUAUGAGAAACUGUACAAGGAGGUUCCAAGCUACAAGCUUGUUACCCCAUCAAUCGUGUCUGAACGCUUGAAGGUCCGAGGCUCCCUGGCGAGAGCUGGCCUAAUCGAGCUGCAUAGCAAGGGUCUUAUUAAACUUGUGUCCAAGCAUGCCAGCCAGGUCAUCUACACCAGAGCCACGAAGGCUGCCACAGAAGAGGACGAGGCGGCGGCGGCGGCGGCGCAGAAAUAAUUGUGCAUUUGUUGCGCAUAACUAUUUGGUGUACAGUUUUAAUCAACAGUAAUGUAAUUGCCUACUGAACAUGUGGAAA